UACAUGGGUGUCCCUCAUCGGAGUGGAGGCUCCAUCGAACUCCUUCCAUGGUUGUUCUUGUGCGGGUCGCUGCUGUGGUCAUCCUUGCCAGCCUCCUCAUCUCGAUUUGGCCUGGAGUUGCUCUCCAAAAUAACCUCCCUAGUUCUGCGUGUGCCGGAUCCGAUCCUUCUUCUCCCGCAAGGGAAACAUCGGGUGCCAGGAUCCUCAGGAUCCCGAGCCCGAGCGACGAGGUGGUCCAAAUCUGGCACGGGGACCGGUCGGCGAUCCAACCGGCCGACCGUGGUGACCGUGAGCUGCCACGACCAGACGGGCUUGGGCUGCGAUCUCUGCCGCCUCGUCCUCCUCUUCGGCCUCAACGUCUUCAAGGGCGACAUGAGCACCGACGGCCGCUGGUGCUACAUCGUGCUCUGGGUGGCCGCCUCGCGCCGGGGCCGGGCCGUCGCAUGUCCUCAAGGAACGCCUCGUCGAGCUCUGCCCCGUCCCCGCGCCCUUCGGCGUCGACAGCGGCUACCUCGCAGCCGCCGGCCUCCAGGAUCCCGACAGCCUCGCGGAGCCCCAGGUGUUUCUGCUCAAGUUCUGCUGCUACGACCGGACGGGCCUCCUGCACGGUCAUCCUGUGCGUUCGGUUUAUUCGGUUUACGUGGUUCGGUUUAUAUGGUUUUUUGGUUUAUACGCUUUUAGGUACUGCUUGA